UUCACGGUUCAGUCUGAGGGAGAAGACAAAAACAAAGCAGUGAGAGGACAGAAUCCAGUGCAACCUUUCCAUGGUCAAGACAGUGACUGGGCUUUAAGGAAUUGUGUAGAUCAAAACAAAUCUAUUUGAAGUAAACAUCGACAAGAAAGAGUCUACAAGAAAGAGUUUACAUGUUCUGGGUAGUAACAAUACCCUCUGUACCUACCAUCAGCAAGCAGAGUGUACCAGGAGUAGUAUUCAGCUGUAACCAUGGCUUCUCAGGGUCUCCAGAUUAUGGGAGUAAUUCUAGCCAUGAUCGGCUGGAUCGGGGCCAUCAUGACUUGUGCCAUGCCCAUGUGGAGGGUGACAGCCUUCAUUGGCGCCAACAUCGUCACUGCUCAGGUCAUCUGGGAGGGAUUGUGGAUGACCUGCGUGGUCCAGAGUACAGGUCAGAUGCAGUGUAAGAUCUAUGACUCCAUGCUGGCCCUGCCCCAGGACCUGCAGGCUGCCCGAGCCAUGGUCAUCGUGGCAGUGAUCUUGGGCGUCUGCGGAGUCAUGAUAGCCAUCGCCGGAGGGAAAUGUACCAACUGCAUGGAGGAUGAGGUGGCCAAAGCCAAAGCCUGCGUCGUCGCCGGGGUUGUCUUCAUUAUCUGUGGCUUCCUCCUCCUCAUCCCUGUGUCGUGGUCAGCCAAUACAGUGAUCAGGGACUUCUAUAACCCGUUGGUGAUUGAGGCCCAGAGGAGAGAGCUGGGUGCUUCGCUGUACAUUGGCUGGGGCUCCGCCGGACUUCUUCUACUGGGAGGCGGGCUGCUUUGCUGCAAUUGUCCCCCAAAGGAGCCCAAAAUUGGUAAAAUGGGCCGGCCGUAUGUGGCCUCUAAAUUUGCCCCAGUCAGGACACCCUCUUCAUCCAUGAACUAUGUGUGAGUUAGUUACUGAUGAGUCAGUGUUGGAUGCGGGGGUGGUAUUGUAUGUAUAAGCUUAGGGCUGUAUUGGUGAAGCGUUCGGCGUAAGAGAUUAAAAUGGGAUAAGCUUGAAAUAAAAUUAAUCUAAAGAUUAUUUUUCCCAAUUUGAAAAAUGUUGCGUGCUUUACAUCGCUUUCUCUGUGUUAUUAAUGUUUUUUUAUUCUAUUCUAGGCUUCCAAUUUCCUGUGUGGAAGAUUUUGUUAAACUCUCAUUACUGUUUUUAUCAUUUUUCACACCAAAUUAAAUGUUUUACUAAUGCAAAUGAUAAUUUCUUAGAAUAUACUCAUGUAGGCAUCAACAAACUAGCUACAUAGUACAUAAUUGUUCUGUUUCAGUUAAGCACAUUCUGUGUGAGGAGUCUGUUCAUAUAUCAU